AUGAAGCAAGGAACAACGGAAAACUUGAUGCAUUUCAAGGAACGAUUCUUGAGACAGGCCGAAGUCCUUCAAGAUCUAUAUGGCGUGGCCUGGUUCGGAGAUUUUGCAGUCAAGACGAAAGCGUAUACUGCUAUUGCUAGCACCAAUACUGCUGCUCAAAACAAGUUCAAGGAUGAUAUCUUUGAAGCCGUUCUGGCAACAGGAUUUCUAUGCAACAGCGAUCGAACGAGAACAUCUCCUCUGAUGCUGGAUCUUCAGACAAACUAUUGCAGAGAAGUGGAUUAUUAUCCAAAGACGGUCAGCAAAGCGCAGGAUAUGUUGAAAAUUCACAUGGAAGUGAGUAAAAUUCCGGGAGUGAACCUCUACCAAGAAAAAGACCAACCUAAUAAAGGUAAAGGCAAAGGAAAAGGAAAGGGGAAACCGAAGGAUGGAAAGAAGGCAGCAUGUUAUGUAUGUGGCAACGAAGACAAUAUGUCUCCAAAAUGCCCAGACAGACUGCUACCAAAGACUCAAUGGAAGAAUCAGGAUCAAUAUAUUGAUUAUGGGAAGAAGCUCAAUCUUAAUCAGAUUGGAGCAACUGUCCCAGCUACUGUCCCAGCUAUAGUUCCUGGAGCUUCAGCGUCCACAAGUGGAGCAUCAAGUGUUGCGGGAAGCGUUAACAC